UAAACAACAGCUGUAGCCGCUGCUGCUACUUCAGACCGUAGUACAUAAUAACAUUGUUAAAAUUUGUGAUGUACGUUUCCCAUCGUACCGCCUACAGUCCUACGGUGUAGUGUGUACAGAUUAUACUUACAGUCGCCGAGCACUGUGUUCGGUGUCGUUUGCCCUACACCCGCCGUCCCACUGAUAACACUGGUUAUCAAUUUUUCGAACAACAUUGUAAUGAAUACCUAAUCGCUGUGUACGAGGCAUCACGCAAGGCCCGGUGAUCGUCGGUAAGCAGUGACGGUGUUUAUAUAGGCGGUUUAUUUUGUGUUUGUGUCAUCGCGAAGAUUUCAAACUAUGAAAUCCUUCCCGGCCACUUUUGGGCUGUUGACGUCGCUGUUGUUGCUGUGCGGUCCGGCGUGCACGUUUUAUCUGCCCGGUUUGGCUCCAGUCAACUACUGCCGGGAGAGCACCCCCGCGUGCAAAAGCAACGUCGAGCUGUAUGUGAACAGGCUGAAUUCCGACGAGUCCGUCAUACCAUACGAGUACCACUAUUUUGAUUUUUGUACUUCGGACGAAAGCAAGUCUCCAACAGAGAACUUGGGCCAGGUGCUGUUUGGAGAACGUAUCAGGCCUUCCAAAUAUGAGAUUUCUUUUAUGAAAGAUGAGUCUUGUAAAAAACUUUGUUCUAAACAGUAUGAUCAUAAUGACCCAAAAAGUGUAAUAAAACUGUUCGUUCUUAAACGAGGAAUGCGUUUGAAUUACCAACAUCAUUUUAUAGUCGAUAAUAUGCCAGUUACAUGGUGUUAUCUUAUGGAAGACGGCCAACAGUAUUGUAGCACAGGAUUUCCGAUGGGAUGUUAUUCACCACCUAAUAAAAAUGAUAAUAAUAACUUAUGUGCUAGUAUUCUUGGAAGCAACAAUUUAAAACCAAAUACUUAUUACAUUUUCAAUCAUUUGGAUUUCACAAUAACGUACCACAGUGGAAAGAAUGAGGAGUGGGGUUCAUCUUUUGGUUCUGAAGGUGGCAGAAUUAUAGCUGUUAAAGUGAAACCCAGGAGUAUUAAAUAUAGCAAGUCUGAUAACGAUAACUUAAAUUGUAAUGAUCCAUCUGCAGACUUUAUGGAUAUACCAGCUGAUAAAAUAACAUCUGAAAUGAGUAUAGCAUACACAUACUCUGUUAAAUUUGAGAUGAACAACACUGUCAAGUGGUCUUCGCGAUGGGAUUAUAUAUUAGAUUCUGUACCGCACACUAACAUUCAAUGGUUUAGCAUUUUGAAUUCAUUGAUGAUCGUGGUUUUCCUGUCAGGAAUGGUUGCAAUGAUUAUUUUACGAACAUUACACAAAGACAUUGCAAGAUAUAAUCAAAUUGAUGCUGGAGAUGAUAUUAAAGAAGAGUUUGGCUGGAAACUAGUUCAUGGAGAUGUAUUCAGACCACCUAGACGAGGAAUGUUGUUAUCGGUUUUUGUUGGCUCUGGCGUUCAAGUACUCUGCAUGACUGUAGUAACACUGGCAUUUGCAUGCUUGGGCUUUUUGUCUCCGGCUAAUCGAGGUUCUCUGAUGACAUGCUCUUUGAUAUUGUACGUGUGCCUUGGAACACCAGCUGGAUACGUGUCUUCGAGAAUUUAUAAGAGUUUUGGUGGUGAAAAAUGGAAGACCAAUAUUAUACUUACAUCGAUGUUUUGUCCAGGAAUUGUUUUCUGUUUGUUCUUUAUCAUGAAUCUGGUACUAUGGGCUAAAGAGAGUUCUGCUGCAAUUCCUUUUUCAACUUUACUCGCACUACUAGUGUUAUGGUUUUUUGUUUCUGUACCGUUGACAUUCCUUGGCGCCCUAUUUGGAUUCCGUAAAAGACCGAUUGAACAUCCGGUAAGAACAAAUCAGAUCCCUCGGCAGAUACCAGAACAGACUAUUUACACACAACCAUUCCCAGGAAUCAUCAUGGGCGGUGUUUUACCUUUUGGGUGCAUAUUUAUUCAAUUAUAUUUCAUAUUGAAUUCCUUGUGGUCAAACCAAAUGUACUACAUGUUUGGAUUCUUGUUCCUCGUAUUUAUUAUUCUUAUAAUAACGUGUUCCGAAACUACUGUACUUUUAUGCUAUUUCCACUUAUGUGCUGAGGAUUAUCAUUGGUGGUGGAGAAGUUUUUUGACCAGUGCAUUCACGUCGUUCUAUUUGUUUUUGUAUUGUGUGCAUUACUUUAAGACUAGACUAAAUAUAGAAGGAAUGGCUUCUACUUUCCUAUACUUUGGAUAUACAAUGAUAAUGGUGUUCUUGUUCUUUUUGAUGACUGGUACUAUUGGAUUCUUCUCUACAUUUUGGUUUGUCCGUAAAAUAUAUAGUGUUGUUAAAGUCGAUUGAAAACUUUUUUCGCGUCUCUUAUCUAUAUUUGUAAUUUUUGUACCAUAUGAAUUGUAUUUGAAAUAACCAAAAAAAAAAUAUAUAUAUUUAUGUAUU